GUUCUGUGAUCUGUCAUAUUUUUCUAAAAGGUGGAUUCAAAUAGCUUCAUCGAUUUUACGUAAUACGUUAAUUUCCAUGGAAUCAAUCAGUAAAGAUAAACUGAAAUCUUUAAUACUUGGUAAUAAUGAAAAGGAAAUUAUUGAAACCAUAAAACGAGGUUUUGAUCCAAAUUACGGAAGUGGAUGGCCCAUACGACUAGCAGCUCGCAAUGGACACUAUUCAUUGGUAAAAAAACUCAUCGAAUUUGGAGCAAGUCCACAUUUAUUAAGUGAAAGUGGAGCAUCGACAUUGCAACUAGCGGUUUAUUCUGGAUUGCAUUGGGAUACGGAUGAAUGGAUGUUUUUGUUGUCAUGUUGUGACUCCUCACAGCUGGCAGAUGCAGCAGCUGUUGCUAUAACUUUUAACAACGUUGCAGCAUUUAAAAAAAUAAUGCGAACUGGACGAUGCAACACGAAUGUUCCUACAUCAUUAACACGUAAGACUGUCUACGAAUUAGCUAAGGGGUACAAGUUAAACCACAUAUUGGAUAGAAUAAAUGAAACUGAAGUGCCUCAAAUAGUAGUACAUCCACAAGUAAGUCAGCCGACGCGCUCCAGAGAUAUUCAAAGAAGCAGUCACACGUCAGUGAAUAGAAAUUUAUCACCGUCUGUUGCACGUUUUUUCGACCUGACGGCUCGUCAGCCUGCUUUGACUCCACCGCACAGCCCCAUAAGCUCCGUAGCAUCAUUGUUUUCUUCUCAAGCACGGCCAUGAUAUUAUAAUGAUAUUUAACAUAAGUAAUGAUAAUUGAUAAUGACGCGGACUUAAUAUUAUAAU